AAGAGAAAUACCAGAGAAGUAACAGUAACACUACUCCUGCUGAGUCAAUUUCCAUUAUCAUAUUACUUCCACAAUCCCUAAUUCACACAAUUUUCUUUCUCCAUCACUAUGCUGCUACAAUAACACUAACCCACUUCAAUUCAAUGAUUUCCCAGAUCUGCUUCCUUCUCAUUUCAUUGUUUAGCGGGUAAAGGAGAGAGCUUUUUGGUUCUGGAGUGAGUUAGUCAAUUGUAAUUAAAUUGUUGUUCAUAGUGCAAUUGAAUGGAAGGGAAUUCAGGAGGUGCAGGUGCAGGUGCUGGUGCUGGUGCUGGUGCUGGUACUGGUGGCGGCAGUGGUGCUGGAGGAAAUGACGUGGAGCUUAUUUGCAAAACAUUGCAGGUUGAGCAUAAGUUAUUCUACUUCGAUCUAAAGGAGAAUCCACGUGGGCGUUACUUAAAAAUUUCUGAAAAGACUUCUGCAACUCGUUCCACUAUAAUCGUUCCUUUCUCUGGCAUUUCUUGGUUCCUUGAUUUCUUUAGUUACUAUGUCUCUGAUGAUCAUGAUCUCUUCAGUAAAGAGUUACGUCUAGACACCAAGGUAAUAUCUUAUUCUUCCUUGUCCUUCUCUGUAAAUUCCAGUAUUAUUUAUUGUCUUUGUUACUGGUUUCAACAGGUAUUUUACUUUGACAUUGGCGAGAACAGAAGGGGUCGCUUCUUGAAGGUAUCAGAAGCAUCUGUUAGUAGAAAUCGCAGUACUAUUAUUGUUCCAGCCGGAAGUUCCGGGGACGAAGGGUGGGCAGCAUUCAGAAACAUUCUGGCGGAGAUUAAGGAAGCGUCACGGAUUUUCAUAUUGCCCAAUCAGCAAAGUUCUGAAACUUCGGAGCAUCUUGUUGGGCUUUCAGAUGAUGUUGGGGCAGGCUUCAUAUCUGGCCACAGUAGCCAACCUGCCCCUGCUUCUGAACUGAAUGUUGACAGGUCAGUUGACUUGCUGGCACAAGAUGAAAUAGGUAACAUGGGGGCUUCAAAAGUAAUCAGAGCGGAUCAGAAGAGAUUCUUCUUUGAUCUUGGGAGCAACAACAGGGGUCACUUCUUGAAGAUAUCUGAGGUUGCGGGUUCUGAUCGAUCCUCAAUCAUUCUCCCUCUGUCAGGGCUAAAGCAGUUUCAUGAAACAGUGGGACAUUUUGUAGAAAUCACCAAAGAUCGAAUUGAAGGGAUGACCACUGCAAACGUUCGAACAGUGGAUCCCCCACAAAGAUAAACUCUGAUCAUUCGGGUGUUUGGAAAACUAAAUAAUUUGGUUAUGCAAGGUCGCUAUGCUACAAAUUGGUGUUUGAUCAGGAGUGGUGAUUGUAUUAAUUGUGCUUGUUCUAUUUUCUUCUCUUUCACUCAUUUGAGUCUGAGAUAAAUAAACCGACGUAUCUGUUUGAUCUGUAGAGAAAUUUCGCUAAGCAUAUUUGGUAGGAAUAAUAGGAGGAAAAGCCAGAUACUUGUAAUUGUCAGUUUGAUAGUGUGGCAGUCAAUAAUGCUCAUUCCUGAUGUAA